AUGAUGUCGAGUGAGGAAAUAUCUCGAAUGGUUCAUUUUGCUCCUAUGACAUGGUACUGUCAUUCCAUUGACUUUUUGAAAUCUAUGCACGUAAUUCGUCACGAUAUGCUAAGAAGAAAACAAAUGGUUAAGGAAUACGAUCGUAUUUUGCAAACAGCAGGAAUUUCAAUGCAGCAACGAUCAUACAUUCGUUUUGAGAUGAUAAGGAUGUUUUCACGAAGACUCGGUUCAGCUACACGAAAUUUGCGUAGAGCAGCAUCUACCUACAGUGGCUUCACUUCUGAACAGUUUAUGAGACAAGCUGCCAAUGAACCAAUAUUGGAGUACAGAAAAGGAAGCAGUGAAAGAGUCGAUCUUGAAAAGGAAUUAAAUACUCUCAGUAAAAAUCCAACAAUUGUGCCUGUUCGAAUUGGCACUAAGAGUAUAAAGAACGGCUUGGACCGCAAGCAAGUUAUGCCAUCUGAUCAUCAAACAGUAAUCGCCAAGUACACAUUUGCUACCGCUGAUCAAAUUCGUGAAGCUAUUGAAGUUGGAUUAGAGGCGCGAAUUCCAUGGGAAAGAAAAUCACUGAGAGAACGUGCAGACAUCCUUCUCCAUGCAGCAGACUUAGCAGCUGGGAAAUACCGCAUGAAACUGAAUGCAGCGACUAUGCUCGGUCAGGGAAAGAACAUUGUGCAGGCUGAAAUUGACUCUGCUUGUGAGCUCAUCGACUUUUUCCGUUUCAACUCCAAGUUUGCUUUGGACCUGGAAAAAUACGAACCAAUCAGCACUAAAAUCAGUACCAACAAAUUGAUUUACAGAGGAAUGGAGGGUUUCGUAGCUGCCGUGGCACCUUUCAAUUUUACUGCGAUUGGUGGCAACUUGGCCUCAGCCCCAGCUUUGAUGGGAAAUGUAGUUAUGUGGAAACCUUCCAAUACCGCUGUAUUGAGUAACUAUUUUGUCCAUAUGCUUUUGGAGGAAGCUGGCAUUCCACAGGGAGUGUUGUCUUUCUUACCCUCGUCUGGUCCUGUAUUCGGGAAAGUUAUUACAGAGAGCAAGUAUUUCAGCGCUGUAAACUUCACUGGAUCAGUUCCUACCUUCAAGACCUUAUGGCAGAAUGUUGCCAAUAAUCUUGACAAAUACAUUACUUUCCCAAAACUCAUUGGAGAAUGUGGUGGCAAGAACUUCCAUUUCGUUCAUCCAUCUGCUAAUGCUGACGUAGUUGCGGCAGGCACUGUACGAUCUGCAUGGGAGUAUGGGGGUCAAAAGUGCUCUGCUUGCUCCCGUUUGUAUGUCCCAAAAAGCCGAUGGGAUGAAAUCUUCCAGAAGAUCAAGGAGAUUCACAAGCAAGUGAAGCUUGGUGAUGUUCGUGAUGGAUCAAUUUUCUUUUCGGCCGUCAUAGAUAAGGCUUCGUUCGAUAACAUCAAAAGUUAUAUUGACUAUGCAAAAACUGGUGCUGACGGAGCUAAGAUUCUUCUCGGUGGAAACUGUGACGAUAGCAAGGGAUACUUCAUUGAUGCCACACUUAUAACUGUUACUAACACCGGUAGCAAGCUUAUUCAUGAGGAAAUCUUCGGACCUAUACUAACCGUUUACGUUUAUGAUGAUUCAAAGAUUGAGGAAGUCCUCGCUUCUAUCAAAGAUCACACUCCGUUCGGUUUGACGGGUGCCGUUUUCUCUGAGGACAAAAAGUUCCUUUAUCAUGCGCGCGAUGUCCUUCGCGAUGCGGUAGGAAACAUGUAUUUGAACGACAAAUCUACCGGUUCGGUAGUGGGACAACAACCGUUCGGUGGAGCUCGCAUGUCAGGAACCAAUGACAAGGCUGGUGGACCCCACUAUGGAAUUAGAUGGACUUCACCUCUUACGAUAAAGGAGACAAGUGUUCCACUCACUGAGUGGCGUUAUCCUUCGAUGGAUUAA